GUCCCAAUCGAAUCGAAUCGAAUCGCUUUGCGUUGCGUUGCGUCGCGCCGCAUUCCACUCGCAGUUUCAAUUUUACAGAAUACAGAUACAGAAUGGAGCUCCAUUGGUUGUGUGGCACCACCUUGUCGCUGGUGCUGCUGCUUUGGGUCUCACCUGUCCGCUGCCAGGCGCAGUGCAAUGCGGGGACAGCCGCCCGCCAGAAACGCAUUGUCAUACGCAGUCCGGGAGCGGGGCAGCUGGGCGAGUUGGACAGGUGCCAGUACCGGGUGGCGCCAUGGAGCACCCAGGUGUGUCAAGUGCGCAUCGAUUUCGAGCGGCUGGAGCUGCCGCAGCCGCAGCUGAACGCCAGCACGGGGACAGUGGAGUGCGGGGACUUUCUGCAGGUUCAGCGCUUUCGCCUCUGCGGCCGCAGCAGCGGACAGCACCUGUACGUGCCCCUCCACCGGGGUCAAGAGCUGCAGCUGCUCUUCGUUCUGGCCACGCCGCUCUCCAGGCAGCAGUCCACGUGGCAGAUGACCCUCACCCAGCUGGAGUGCCCCCGCGAUUCACUGGCAGUGGCCAACGCCCCGAAGUCGGCGGUAGAGCAGCCCAGAGUACGCCCCUUUCUGCCGUUUAUGAGUAAUCUCCUGCCAAGGACCAUUUUCGGCGGAGAGACGGGCAUAGGCUCUGGCCAGGGUCCAGCCGCACAGCUCAUCCAGAGCUUGCGCUCCCCUUCGCAGGCGGAUCUGGAGCUGCUGGCUCCGAUGGGCUGCGAUCAGUACUGGAGGAGCCAGACAGGCGGUAUCGUCAGCUUCAACUUCGCCGGCGGCAUCUACAUGCCCAGCAUGCGGUACUCCAUCUGCGUGAAGGGCGCGUUAGACAGUGAGAUAAGCUACAAGAUCGAACACUUCGAGCUCUCGAAAACAGACGCCGACAGGGCCGGGCCCGGCUAUGAUACGGACUGUCGCAGCACUGUGCGAACGGCGGGACGCGUGUCCGACUAUCUACUCAUACCCAACUCGUACGUGAUCAACCAGCCAGAACUGCAGCCCACUUACUACUGCGGCAACGGGAUGGCGGGCCGGGAGCUCGUUGCACGUCCGCCAUUUGUCAUUCACUUCUCCAGCGAUGCGCAGACAAGUGCAUCCGAGACCGGCUUCCAGCUGACCUACGCAGUCCGGCAGUCGCAGGAGCAGCAGCAGCAGCAGUUCCAAGUGGAAUUGUAAAUGCACCCAAAUUGGCAUAAAUAAAGCCGUAGCAUUAACUAAAUCAACGCACACAA